AUGCGAGCUGGUGGAGGAUCAAUCAUGUGUUUUGGGGCGAUGACAAAAAAUGUGGCAGAAGGAUGUCUACUUCCAUUUGCUCAGGAUUACAUGGCUCCUGGAUGGUCUCUCUACCAGGACAAUUCGCCGGUUCACAAGAGCAAGCCCGUGAUGGGAGGUCCCAUGAUAGUCAACUAUCUACAACGUUGCUGUUACUGGCGGAUUGUUCGCAUGGAAGGCCAAGAAACUAGUAGUUCGGAAACUCACCUCGAUUUUUCUGUUCUUCCGGAUGUUCCCCUUCUUCGGGUACUAGAUUACUUGCCAGGACUACAAAUUGAAAAAUGUCGGGGAAUUUCGCGGCUUUUUCAUGGACGUAUUGAUAUGAAUCGGAAAUCGCUGCCCACCGUACAAGUUGAUUCUCUGACGAUUGACCAGAAGAAGGUCGACCAUGAACUUCCUGCUAGUGAUCAUAACGAGCCAACUGUCUUCAUCACGAUUUUCUUCAAAGACCGCAAGCCAUGCUGGCGAAGGUAUGGAGCUGCUCCAUUGAAGAAAGCACUCAAGAGAUUCGAUCACAUGUUUCCACGAAUGCAGGUUGAAAGUCUCCAUUUGGAGCUUGAGUAUUUCGACGACACCACGUUUCAUCAAUUGCUGAAGAGCUUGAACCAGAGAACUUUUCUUUCAUGCUUCGUGGUGAAAAUACCCCAU